CUGCAAUCAAAUAAACAAACAUUCCUAAAAGCUUGUUUGGCUCAACGCCUUCGCAAAUUCAUCUUCCUUUCUCAAGCCCACUCUUCUUCUUCGUCUUCAUCAUCAUCGUCAGUCACUACCUUGAGUUCGUGUCCGAAUCUCUAGAUGGCGACAGGGAACUCCAGUGACCAACAACAGUACCAACCCCACCCGGUGUGGACAGCCUUGUUGACAAAGCUACUCGCAAACCUAAUACUCGAUCAGGUCCGUAAAGGCAACACGGCGAACAACUCCUUAUCCAAUAAAGCUUGGAACUUUAUAACCAAUGAGUUCUACACAAGAAGUGGUAUCAAACGCGACAAAGAACAUCUCAAGAACAGAUUCGCUGCUCUCAGACGCGAGUUCUCUGUCGUUAAGCUGAUCCUGGCUCGAGACAACUUCGUUUUCGAUGAAUCAACUGGUUGUAUCAUCGCCGCUGAUGAAUCUUGGGACCAAUACGUAAAGGAGUGUCCAGACGCUGAGGCUGUAAGAAGAGGUGGCUGUCCAGUUUACACACAGCUCUCUCAGAUAUUCGGAGUUGUUCAUCUUGAGGAGGAACCUUUGUUACCUCAACGCUCGUAUGAGUACGCUGCUGUUAAGACGCCAAAGAAAAGGCCUAGUAGGGGAGUGGAGGCUUCUAUUGCCAGUGCUAUAGUUGAAAUGGCUGCUGCAUCGAGGCUAAGGACUAAUGCUCUGACGCAGAUGAAGAGCAGGUUCACUCUUGCUGAGUGCAUCAGAGAGCUUGAUGGGAUUAAUGGCGUAGCAGAGAAUGUAUAUUUUGCUGCACUUGAGAUCUUCAACAACCCCAGUGCAAGAGAGACGUUCUUGUCGUUGAGAAGCGACAUGCGUUUGACUUGGCUUCAGUGGAAAUGCACUUUAAACAUCUCUAACAAUCAAUGAACAUGAAAUUUUCAGGCAAUA